AUGCCGGCGCCCGCACCAACGGAGACAAACGCUAUAUCAGUAUUAGUGCCCGAAGUCGUGCUGGUUGUCGAAGACACACCCAAAGAUGAAGAGAAUGCAGGAGAAACAUCCACACCAUCGUCUCCUAGUACGGUCAUCACCGACAGUGACGAAUUCGAACCUGGGGACACUGAAGUCUUGGAAAUAGGAGUAUCACCAUUAAGUGAUCAGAGUUCCGACAGCAGCAGUCAUGAACAGAGCAGUCCGGAAUACGAUCCCAUAAAAGGAACUGUGGGUAAAUUAUUGGAAAAGAACAAAGGGUCCAACAGUGACCUCAAAAGAGACCUACUGACGAUGAAGAAAUUCACAAAAGAGUUUGGAGAUAUAUCGAAUACUCAACUGAAGAAACUAAUAUAUAAAGAGAAGAUGCAGCAAAUUAAAGACCUCAAGAGGCAACACCAGCAAUAA